AUGGGUAGCACCGACGAACCAAGUUUUAGCCAGAUGAACCAAGACCUCGACUACGAUGUUCUCAUCAUCGGGGCUGGUCUAUCUGGCAUAUACUCUACCUAUCGCAUGCGCCAACUUAAUUUACGAGCGAAGGUUCUUGAGGCUGGCUCUGGAGUUGGAGGAACCUGGUUCUGGAACAGAUACCCUGGUGCCCGAUUUGACUCUGAAAGUUACUCUUACAACUUUUCAUUCUCUCAAGAAGUCCUUGAUGAGUGGAAUUGGUCUGAGCAUUUUGCCUCGCAGCCCGAGACUCUGCGAUACUGCGAGUUUCUCUGUGACAAGUUCGAUCUUCGCCGGGAUAUGCAAUUCAACACACGAGUCGUAUCAGCACACUUUCAAGACUCUUCAAAUUCAUGGCGUCUUACAGAUGAGCAAGGCCGAACUUAUACGUCGCGGUUUCUGGUGACGUGCAUCGGCAUCUUGAAUAAUUAUACCAUGCCCAAUAUCCCUGGGGUCACAAACUUCCAAGGCGAGGCAUGCCAUACCGCUCGAUGGCCGCAGGAGCCGGUCAGCUUUGAGAACAAGCGAGUCGCUAUUAUUGGCACCGGUGCGACCGGUAUUCAAACCAUUCAAGAGAUCACAAAGGACGUUGGCCAUCUCACAGUCUUUCAGCGUACUCCAAACUGGAGUCUUCCUUUGCGAAAUGGACCCAUAAGCACAGAGGAGAUGAAUGAGAUCCGAUCUCGUUAUCCUGAAAUAUUCAGAAAAUGCCUCGAGACCUGGUCCUGCUUCAUGCACGUUUCAGAUCCCAGGGAUACUCUCCAAGUUAGCCCCGAGGAAAGAGAAGCCUUCUGGGAGGAGUUGUAUGAGCAGCGUGGAUUCGCCAAAUGGCUUGGAAAUUUUGGAAAUAUUAACACCAACAAAGAGGCAAACGCCUUAUUCAGCGAGUUUGUCGCAAAUAAAAUAAGAAGUCGCGUGAAUGACCCCGUCACAGCCGAAACGCUUAUUCCGAAAUGCCAUGGAUUUGGUACCAAGCGAGUGCCACUUGAGUCCGGCUACUUUGAGGCUUAUAAUCAACCGAACGUCCGACUGGUGGACGUAAAGUCGAACCCAAUCGAGUGCAUAACUGAAACCGGGAUACGGACAAGAGACGAAUCUUUUGAUUUUGACAUGAUUAUUUAUGCCACUGGAUUUGACGCCGUUACCGGAUCUUUCACAGCCAUCGAUUUCCAAGGCGUGAACGGGGUGAAGCUGGCAGACCGAUGGGCCGAAGGGCCACGCACAUUCCUGGGUCUGUUUGUGGAGAGCUUCCCAAAUAUGAUGAUGGUAAUGGGACCCCAUCAAAUGUUUGGAAACAUCCCACGUAGCAUCGAGUAUGCUGUGGGUUGGGUCUCGCGGUUCAUUGAGUUUUGUCGGGAUCACGGUAUCACAUUUGCGGAAACGUCACGACAAAAGGUUCUCGACUGGACAGAGCAUGUGCAUACUUGUGCAGACGGUCUGCUUGCUAAUGAUGUUGAUUCCUGGAUGACUGGAGUGAACAAGAAUCUGGCUCACAAGCAAAAACGCAUCAUCGCAAGAUACCAGGGACCAGCCCCCGGUUAUCGCAAGCUUGCUGAGGACGUGGCUAUGAGGGGGUACAGAGAUUUGAAGUUGGCAUGA